AUGGCUUUGGCGGCUACACGUGCGUCGGCUCUCACAUUUCGUGUUAUAGCAGAAUGUUCAACUACGAAAGCCCGAACGAGUGAACUGACUCUACCUCAUGCUGUAGUGGACACACCUGUGUUUAUGCCGGUCGGCACCCAGGGAACCCUGAAAGGAUUGCUACCUGAGCAACUGAAAGCUCUAGGUUGCAAAAUAAUGCUAGGAAACACCUACCAUCUGGGGCACAGGCCGGGCCCCGAGUUGUUGGAGAAGGCGGGUGGCUUACACGAGUUCAUGAAAUGGGACAGAGCUCUCCUCACAGACAGUGGGGGGUUUCAAAUGGUGUCCUUGCUGAAGCUGGCAGAGAUUACUGAGGAAGGGGUGCAGUUCGAGUCCCCCCAUGACGGCUCCAUGAUGAUGCUUACUCCAGAAAAAUCCAUAGAAAUACAGAAUUCUAUUGGCGCUGAUAUCAUAAUGCAGCUGGAUGAUGUAGUACACAGUACAACUACAGGCCCCAGGGUGGAGGAAGCUAUGAACAGAACAAUCCGUUGGUUAGAUAGGUGCCUAAAGGCACACAGAAGACCACAUGACCAAAGCAUAUUCCCCAUCGUACAGGGAGGGCUUGACCCAGAGCUAAGGAAGACAUGUGCACAGGAGUUAACCAAGCGAGAUGUCUCAGGCUGCAUUGGUGGAUUGAGUGGAGGUGAGGAGAAGGCUCAGUUCUGGAGAAUGGUAACACUUUCCACGGAUUACCUCCCUUGCGACAAACCUCGCUACCUCAUGGGAGUUGGGUUUGCUGUUGAUCUUGUGGUGUGCUGUGCCCUUGGCUGUGAUAUGUUUGAUUGUGUCUUCCCAACCAGAACAGCAAGAUUUGGAACUGCCCUUGUGGCAACAGGCCAGCUCAACCUGAGGAGUAAGUCGUUCAGCUCAGACUUCCGUUCGAUCGACGAAGCAUGCAAAUGCCUAACCUGCCAACGCUACACACGCGCUUUUCUCCACUCAAUCAUUAAUCAAGAAACAGUUGCCUGCCAGCUUCUAACCAUCCACAAUGUGGCUUACCAGCUGAGUCUAAUGACGAAAAUACAAGAAAGCAUCAAGGAGGACAAAUUCCCAGAGUUUAUCCAAGACUUUUUUAAAACACUCUUUCCAAGUGGAGAUUACCCUGAGUGGGCUGUUGAAGCGCUGGACAGUGUCAAUGUGAAGUUAAAACAAUGAUACCUACAUAUAAAUAUUU